AUGAGUUCUUGGCAUAUUCCAAAUGAUAAUGAAGGUGUAUAUGCUGAUGGCAUAUGCGAAAUUACUUUUCAUGUUCACAUGCCGAAUAGGUUUGACAGGUCCCUGCAACCGUUGGUUCUUGGAAGUGUUAGAGAAUUAGGAACUUGGUGCUACCCAGUUGUAAAGUUGCGUCAAAACGACACCAAUUCUACUUAUUGGUUUUCUGAUCCGGUUAAAAUUUGUAUUAAAGAUCACCCAAUUUAUUACAAAUACGCGUUGUAUCUACCGAAAAAAGAUCAAAGUCUGUUUGAUAUCCUCGGUGAUAAUGUUCUUGGUAGUAGUACGAUUGUGAUGGAAGGUAAUUCGGAACCGUGCAACCGAUUACUAUCCUAUAGAGGCUUUCAAUACGAUGUGUGGAAAACCAACGAUGCUAAGAAACUAUAUAGUCCAGAUCUAAACAAAGAUUACAAGUUUGUUGACGUAGUAUACGAGUCAGUGACUUCGGAAAAUAUUAAAGAAAAAAUUAUGGAAUUUCAAAUGCUAUUAAAAUAUCACCCGAGUCUGACUGCAGAUGCAGUUGAUAUGGCCUUAAUUCGUAACCUUGUUGCUACUUCGCGCGAGGACUAUCAACGAAUCUUUAUAUGCUUUUUAUUGGCAUACCACAUUUAUGUCGCUCAAGAGAGAAUGGGAAACCAAACACGC